AUGGUUAACUUGAUACGCAACUUGGAGAUCACUCUCCAGAACAUGAAAGAUGCAUAUACCUCGCGUGAAGAAGUGCCCUUCUGGGCCACUAAGCUGUUGACGCCAACUUUCAUGGCUGUCGCUAUUCUCACCACCAUUCCACCUCCGGGUCCCACACGGGUUAUCGUCGGGAUGACAGCCUUCACGUCUCUGUGGCUCUACGUGCUCACCCACUGGAUGGCCGGUCCGGCGUUCUUUAUGGAUGCGAUCUUUAUGAUCUCCAUCACAGUACGCUGGAUGCUAAUGUGCCUAACCGGAGCCCCCGAAAUCGAUUACUACCAGAACAGCAAAACCGCAACGAAGCUCGACACCAUGCGGCUCGAUACUUCUGAACAAGGGUUUGGUAGGGAUUUCCCGAUUACCACCGCAGGUAGAAUCCUUCUGAACCGUUACAUCUCCGACAUGGUGCGGAAGUAUGCGUUCUGCGCGUUCUGGCCAGCUCAGCAAGCAAGCGCGGCCACUAUUGAUUUCGGUUCAUUGCCCAUGCUACACCAACAUCUACUGGUCGCGGCUCAAUUAAUCCGAGAUGGCCUUAUGCUGGACAGCGAAUACCGCAAGGCUUCACUGCUCUGCGUUGGGCUGUAUCUUUCGACACCGGAUCGCUGGCCAGGCCUCUUCGGCAGUCCGGCCGACUUGUACACUAUCUUCCGGCACAUGUUCACAAGAUCUGGCGAGGUGGUGGCUAGCGCCCUGGGUGCGGAGAAAGGGAGUCUGAUGUACAGGUAUACGAAGUUGUAUGUGGGAUUCUUGGUCUCCGGAGUCCAGCACUACGCGUGUCCGCUGCUAAUCCCGUCUCUGCGCUACGGCUGGGGAAUGUUCUGGCAGAUGCCAGCGUAUGCUGCUGUUAUCACGGCGGAGGAUUUAAUCAAACACUACGGCAAGAAAGCUGGGAUCCGGGAUGAUAGGUAUGUCUGGACAGCGUACUGGAUGACUUUGAUAUACGCUUUGCCUGUUGGCUAUGUCUCGGACAUUGGGGGGUUUGCGGGUGUGUGCGCGACAUGA